AUGGUCAGCAUGCGUUCAUCCAUUGCGGAGAGCAUGAACAGCUGGGAUUCCAUCUACCAGCACAAGCAGUUUCGCGACUCCAGGCGGAAGGUCGUGGAGGCAGCACGGAAAUUGACAGCCAUCCGUGGAAACUCCUUCGUGCUAGAUGGCGAGCUCGACUCGGAGGCCCCGGUGCCUUGGGCCCGGCGCAUCGUCCAGUCCUCUUGGUUUCGUGCAAGUGUUCCGGUCGUGAUCCUGACGAACCUGAUACUGCUCGGAGUGGAGGUGGAUGCCUCAGCCGACCUUCCUCCAAAUGAGCAUCUCGAAGGUUUCUACACCGCGAACUUGGUCAUCGUGUCCGUCUUUUUCGUCGAAAUUCUUCUGAAGGUGAAGGCUUACGGCUGCCGUGAGAUGUUCUGUGGCCCCGACAAAUGGUGGAAUUGGUCGGAUUUGUUGAUUUUCUGCCUGUCCAUCUUCGAGAUUGUCGCAGAAGCUGUGGCAUCCGUCAUGUUCGCUUCGGAGAUGGAUCCCAGCCAACUCCGCAUGAUGCGAUUCCUCCGCUUCGUGCGGGCACUGCGUGGAGUUCGAGUCGUGCGACUUCUUCAGUAUCUCAGUGCUCUCAGAACCAUCGUCUUCUCCAUCGUAAGCACGAUGAGCUCGGUUGGAUGGACGUCCUUGCUUCUGGUGGUUCUGUUCUAUCUCUUUGGAGUCUUGCUCACGCAGAUAUCCACAGACCACUGCAGAGAUCUGAAGUACACCACUGGUGAGUUCUGCGACGAGCAGUUGGACCGGUUUUGGUCCAGUGUUCCACAGAGCAUGCUGACGCUGUUCCUGUCCAUCACCAACGGCAUCAGCUGGGAUGAGGCCCUACAGCCUCUCCGACAAAUCUCCGACAUCGCCGUUGUCGGCCUCCUCAUCUACAUCGUGAUUACGGUUCUGGCCGUAUUGAAUGUUGUAACUGGAGUUUUCUGCAAUAUGGCGAUAGAAAGUGCAAGAGCGGACAAGGACAUCGCGACCAUGCAGCAGAUGCAAAAGCACGAGGCGCAAGUGGAGGCUUUGCGUGAAGUCUUCCGUGAAAUCAACACGGAGGGUCAGGAAGUCAUCGGCCUCGACGAUCUAAAGGAAGCCAUGCAACGGCAGAAACUUCGAAGCUUCAUGCAUGCGAUGGAGAUAGCCACGGAUGACAUCGUCACCCUGUUCAUGUGCAUCGACGCAGACGGCAGUGGUGACAUCACACUCGACGAGUUUGUGUAUGGCUGCAUGAACCUUGCCGGCCCGGCGAAGGGCCUCCAAGUCGCACGGAUGGGCUACGAGAGCGCCAUCAUCCGUAAGGAGAUCAAAGCAAUGCGGGAGGAUUUGCGGCGGCUCAAGACCAGCAUGGAUGGACAACAUGCCGGCAGUCAGGCCUACCUGCGGGAGAUUCCGACCCUGAUGUCGGAGUUUGGAGCUGCGGUCCGAGUUUAG